GCUUUGGAUAUAUAAAUAAGCACAAGGACUACAGCUGGAUAAAAGAAACUGAAUGACGCAUUCUGGACCAUUCUUCAAACCAACUCAUUUGAGUGAUAAUUCUAAAUGCAAACUGGCAAAUUUUUAAAGUAUUUGGUUCCUGGUCAGGUGUCAUUAGAAGAGGUCUUAUCCACAUUUCCUUUGAUACGUCCAAUACUUCCAAUGAUGUUAAUAGGGUCGUAUGACUGUUACACGUUUUAUUACUUCUAAGAAACAGAAUCAGUCAAACCGAAUCUGCUAUUAUUUCGCUUGGUUGCAUUUUAAGUUUCAAAAUCAUAUGCCAUCACAACAGCAAUGUUUACGUGUCCUGUGGCGGCCGGAAAACUGUGUUUUCGUGCUUUGACUCAGUUGUUGUUACAUCAACUAGUUCAUUAGGAUCAAGGAGUGCAUUAAUUCAGUCUUUAUGUAUCAUAGAGUACUGUUCCACUUAAGCCAGUACUUUGUGCUUGAGAGGUAUUGCACAAUUCACUACUUCUCAUGAAAAGACUCGGUUGUCAGGAAUUAUUUUGCUGAUUCCAUAGCAUCUUCUUACAGGUUUUAUUAUCUAAAAUAUUGGUGAAAAUCAAACAUUUCUUUAAAUGUCAUGUAAAUAUCGGUCGGGUCAAGUUCACAGUGUUUGUACUCUUCGUCUCAUCUUUUAGUAAAAUCGUUCGUCAUGAUGUUUUGCAUAAUUUGAGUGUUUAUUAUUAUUAAGGUGUGCUUAAUGUGAUUCACUCCGUUCCUUAGAUUUUCAGUUUUGUUCAAGUGUUUUGGAGAAUGAUUCCUGGUAAACCUGUCUUAGCCGUUUAUAGCGCAUUGAUAUUUGCAUAGUUAAUGAUUAAUAGUACUUGAGCAUAAUGUGGUAGGUCUGUAAACCUGGAUCAGCUGUAAUUAUAUGAAAAUAGUGAUAUUUAAAUGUUAUGUUAUACGAUAAUGAUAAAAUACUACAAAUCAGACGGUCACUAUGAGAUGUGAAAAAAUUCAUGUGGAGAAAAGCUAAGUACAAGUCUGGAAUCGAAAAUCAUUGCACAAAAAGCGCCAUUGCUGUUUAAAUUGUUAUAACCCGUUUAUAAACUAUAUGAAUAUUUAAUAUACAUGUAUGAUGAGCAUUAGAUAAUUAGACUUAAUAAUAUGAUGAUGGUAUUUAUCAAGCUGCUAUCCUCGUAUCAAGAUUGUAACCUCUGUCUAUCAAACUAUGAUAAGCUAUGUAACCAGUGGGAGUGUGCAAUUCAUUUAGUGCAUAGUACUGAUUUGUAAAGAGAUGAAAUUUUCACUCAACUUUGUGUGUCUUAUUAUUUUGUUUUACAUAUCUCAUAGCGCCGCAGUUACCCCAGUGAGGCUAGUAGACGGUCCACAUCGGUAUGCGGGCAGGCUAGAGGUGUACUAUAAAGGUGAAUGGGGAAGUGUGUGUGGUACAAAUUUUGACCAAGACGAUGCAGAUGUUGUCUGUGGAAUGAUACGGAACACAACCAUUGGACUUAUCAAUGCAACAAUACAUCAUGGUUAUCAUUAUGGACGAAGCCAUGGACCUGUGAUGAUAACAAACCUCGAAUGCAAUGGUACAGAGGAUGACAUAUUCUUCUGCAAGUCUGACAAAUGGAAAAACAACCAGUAUUGCUAUUCGUAUGAACACGAUGUCGGUAUUGACUGCAGCACACAAAUUCGCCUUCUAAACGGUGGUUACGGUGGUUAUGGAAUGGGACGUGUUGAAGUAUUGUAUAAUGGUGUAUGGGGAACAGUCUGCAAUAGUUACUUCGGUACUGACGAAGCAGAAGUCAUUUGCAGAACAAUGGGACUGAGUUCCAGAAAUGUUUCAUAUGAGUGGUAUGGUUAUGGGUAUAGUAAUUAUCCUACCUAUGUCCUGAACUGUAAUGGACAGGAGGAAGACAUUGGUCAGUGCAACAUUUAUGACGGGUACUGUGGUCACAACCGGGACGUACAGGUCGAUUGCGGAAAUACAGACGUUCGUCUUGCCAACGGGCCAAAUGAGUUGCACGGGCAACUACAGGUCGAGUAUAAAGGAAGAUGGAUGGAUGUUUGCUCUGAUGGAUUUGGUCCCAACGAAGCACGUGUUGCCUGCAAGAUGAUGAACAAUGGUACUGCUGUCCCUGGUACCAUUACUCAUAGUUAUCACUCGCAUGGCAACUACUUUUAUACCGUAAAUCAGUUAAAGUGUACAGGGAGCGAGGACGACUUGUCACAAUGCUUGUCAGAUACCUGGGGAUAUUCCAGAUGUUCUAACAUAUAUGUGAUGACUUUAGAUUGCAACCCUGUAAGAUUAAUGGACUCUCAGAGCAGUUCUUACACAAACCAAGCCGGUCGACUUGAAGUUUAUUCUAACGUGACUGAUACUUGGGAAACAGUUUGUGACUACAACUUUGGAUCUGCCGACGCCCGUGUCAUCUGUAGAAUGUUAGGAUACAAAAGCGGAUAUCCACGUGUGGUAAAUGGGCAGUAUCCAGGUGGACAUGGGGAUAUAAUGGUCGACUACCUACGUUGCCGAGGUUACGAAUAUGAUUUAUCUGAGUGCCCGACUUAUAGAAGGUACCACUACUGCAGUCACUCGGACGAUGUUGGCGUAGAAUGUUACAGCGAUUACAAUGGUUACGUUACACAUUCGUUUUAUGACGCAACCCCGACCACCCAAACAGAAUCGAGUCUGAGACUGGUUAACGGAAACGGUCGAUCUGGACGUGUAGAGGUAUAUUAUCAUGGACAGUGGGGAACAAUCUGUGACUCAAAUUUUGACCACAACGAUGUGCAGGUCAUUUGUCGUAGCCUUGGCUUGUAUCGGGGUAGUAGCUAUGGAGUUGCUUAUUAUGGAGCACAUUUUGGCGAAGGAGAAGGGAAUGUGGUUAUUGAAGACCUUCAGUGCAGUGGGAAUGAACGUCAUCUGUCUCACUGUAGAUCUAAAACCUGGCUAUCAAACGGAUGUGACCAUAGCAGAGAUGUAGGUGUAGACUGUUAUGCAUACAGAUAUGGCCAGUACACAACACAAGCUUAUGGAGUGAUCAGCAGUGGAAAGUAUGAAGGAGCAAUUCGUCUAGUAAAUGGAUAUAAUCGAUAUUCUGGGCGAGUUGAAGUGUUCUUUAAUGGGCAAUGGGGUACCAUUUGCGAUGAUAGUUUCGAUAGCAACGAUGCAAGAGUUGUAUGUAGAGUUCUUGGCAUAAACUAUGGUACAAGCUAUAUAAGGGUAUACUCCUCUGCUCAUUUCGGUGGUGGAACUGGACCUAUUACCAUAGAUGAUCUUGACUGUACUGGAUAUGAAUGGGGUCUAUCCCAGUGCUCUUCAAGACCUUGGUACAGUCAUAACUGUGGACAUGGUGAAGAUGUUGGAGUAGACUGCAACACUUACUACACAACAACAAUUUAUCCUUGGUGGCUGCAUACAACACGAUACUAUUACAGAACAACACAAGCACCAGUGCCGAGCAUGGACGACAUUAUACAUGUCAACUGUGAUGAAAAUGGCUGGGAUAUAAGAAUUAAUAUGUACCUACUUAGAGAGCUAUAUCCAGAUGCAAAGGCGUCUGAUAUAUACCUUGGGGAAAAUACAUGUACUGGCAGUCAAAGCUGGAACAGUGUGACGUUCCAUCAAGGACUGAGAGAAUGCUUAACGUCGGAAACAGUACGGAACAAUGUGUUGGUGUAUAGCAACGAGUUGGUGUAUGCAGAGCGUGAUCCAAACUAUCAGUUUAUAAUCCGCCAUUAUAACUGGACAGUUGGUAUUGAAUGUGAUGUACAGAGGAACGAAACAUCUUCAGCUCACAUUCACCACGACCCUAAUCAUCUUACUGAGCCUCAGGUUACAGGUAGCAGUCAUUUUUCGGUCAACAUGUCCUUUUACUCGGAUCCUAACUUUCUUAGACAAAUCUAUGGUUACCCUCUUCAAGUAUCCGUCGGGGAUAAAGUGUAUGUGAAGGUAUUUACUACUACACCGGACUGGACAGUUAAAAUGCGCGUUCAUACAUGUUACACAAAACCAUCACGGUACUCUCCGGACCAUAUGAAGUUCUUCCUAAUCAGAAAUGGCUGUGAAGUUGAUUCAAACACUCAUAUUAUAACACAGUCCGCCCAUGAGACCAAAUUUGUUUUCGAAGAUUUCGAGUACACGAGCAACCAUGAAGGAAUACACGUGUUCUGUGAUGCUGAAUUUUGCGGAUCACAUGAUUACUCACGACAAUGUCAACAAACAUGCAAUCCAGUCAUCCGUAGAAAGGUGCAUGUUGAGAAAGUUGACAUUGAAAACACUACAGAAGCGGAUAAAGGAAAUGACAUUGAAAACACUACUGUGUUGGAUACUGAAAACACAACGGUAUUGGAUAAAGAAGAAAUUACCACAGACGUUUAACAUGCAGCCUACAUAUUUUUGAAAGAUACGUUGGAGUUAUGAAUAACUCAAUGAACUAUUUUUCUAAAUUUCUUAAUUUGUUACUUAUAUUACAUAUGUUUGACAUAUAGAGUGUUCUAAUAAGACUUUUUUAAUCAUGAUAUUUUCCAUGAAAAUUUCGAUAGUAACACAGGUUUUAAUAAAAAUGAUAUAUUGAA